AUGCUGCUGUCUUUGACUCAGCCAUCCAUUUUAGGAAUACUUCCACUGUUGUUGAUGUCACACUUACUCCAGUGUGAGGAUGUGACUUCUGUUUCAAUUCACCACAAUGAGGCUGGCUAUGAUGAAGUGUCUCUUAAAAACUUGUUUGAUCAUGCCAUCAAAGUGUCACAGGACACCACUGCUCUCACUAUGGAAAUGCGCAAAAUAUUUUUCUCCGAUGACUUCUCUUCAAGUAUGUUCAAAAAAUUUGUAUUGGGUUUUCUUAAGGACAUGAAGCACAUGGUCGAGACUCUCAACAGUUGCCACACAUUUUCCCUCAGCAUUCCAGUAACUAGAGAGGAUGCCAGAAAGAUCCCACUUGAAGAGUUCCUGAAAAUUAUACUUAGUAUACUGAAUGCCUGGAAGAAAUCUCUGUACGACCUAGAGACCAAACUCCAUGAGAUGAAAGGUGCCCCUGAUGCAAUUUUAAUAAGAUCCAAAUCCAUAAGGAAACUAAACAGAGAACUUCUAGAGACUAUCAUGAUGAUACUCAGCAAGGUUGAUCCUCGGAUGGAGGAAAAUAAUAAAUACCCUUUAUGGACAGAUCUGGAAUCCUUGAAGGCAACUGACAAAGAACGUGAAUUUUUUGCUCUUUAUAAAUUGUUUUACUGUCUGCGCGUUGACACAUUUACAGUUGACCUUUAUCUCAAGCACUUGAAGUGUGUGCUUUAUAGUGGUGACAUCUGCAACUCUGUAAACUUUUAUGGAGAUCCUUGAUGAACCAUCAUUUUACAGUUUCUUAUAAUUUUAUUCUUUUCAAGGUAUGCCUGAGUGUAAUGCUUCUCUUUCAUAAAAUAAAAAGAGACACAAAAACAUCUUA